CUGUGUGGCACCGACAACGCCACUAUCCCCCGGGAAUCUAACCACGUGCUCUCGUUAAAGUUUCGGGAAAGUCGCGGCACGGAAUUAUAAUUGCGGGAGGUGAAAAACAAACCGUUUCCUUCCCUGAUUGACGCGCGCUACGCUUUAUUUUUUCCAUUCGUAUUGAAAAUUUACGCGAAAUUCGAAUGAGUUCCGGUUCUCCCGAUAAUUCGCGGGAGUUUUGAGGAGUGGGCAAGUAGAUGAAAAUGAACGCGACUUCUCCGAAGUCUUCGUUGGUCAAGCUGGGGCUGUACCCGCGUCCGAAAACACUCAAAGUGAUGGUUUUAGGACAGGCCGGCGUAGGAAAAUCUGCGAUGGUUGUAAGAUUUAUAACGAGAAGAUACAUCGGCGAAUACGACCCGACGUUGGAGAAAGUGUACACCUUCCACACCGUCAUCGACAACGAAAUGGUCUACUUCGAAAUAUUGGACACGGCCGGGCAACCCCAUGAGAGCGAAUGUUUGGGCUUGGAGGCCAACAUCCGAUGGGCAGAGGCCUUCAUCCUUAUGUAUUCCGUAACUGAUAAAUGUUCCUUUGACGAAUGCUAUCGGCUGAAGUUCCUGAUAAAUUACAACAAGCGCAGGCGGCGAAUCGGAAACUCCGGCAGAGAUCCCUUAGGAGACGUUCCAGUCGUUCUGGUGGGAAAUAAAAUAGAUCAGAUUGAAGACAGAAUGGUCACUUUAGAAGAGGGCCAGAAACGAAGUAAAGAAAUAGGCUGUGUUUGCUUCCACGAAAUUUCCGUACGGGAGAGCAUUGAGCAGGUAUGGAAUGUGUUUCGCGACACCUGUAGAUUUUGGCGCGUGCUCGGCAAAAACCCGAGCAAACUCCGGCGAUCGGGCAGCGAAAAGGAACCGGAAAGUCCAUCGGACUCUGCUCGGAUUUUGUGCAAUUCCAUUAUUUCCCCAAGCAGUUUGAUUCCAUAUGGUUGCAGACCAAGCCUAUUAGGUCGCCGCUGGACCGAAGUAGAAUUGGAAGAGGAAGACGAGUCCGAAUUUAAAGGUAGCGCAACGUCCAGUCCGAGCGAGCCGGCCCCCUUCAGGGAAAGGGCAUCCACCGACGGACAUCUGCAGCAGAGACCGUGGAGGUGGAGAUAUAAACCAGGCGGUUCGGGAAAUUCGGCCGAGACCGUUUACUUUCGGACCGAAAGGCGAAUGAGCAUAUCCAUGAGGGGAAAUAACGCCAGCUAUUGAAAUAAUGAGACUGAGCAUAAACCAGGGAUUCGUUUUAAACCUAUGUCGUUUGGUGUUUCGAAUUCUUCUUCUCGUUUCGAA